AUGUUAAGUAGGCUUCACAGUGGCCUUAAGGUCCUUCUAGUCCUUGACAAUGUUGAUCAAUUUGAGCAAUUGCAGGAAUUAGAGGUACUAAAAUAUGCUCAAAAUCUUCCAUUAGCAAUUGAAGUAGUGGGCUCUUUCUUGUGUACUCGAGAUGCUACUCAAUGGAGAGAUGCUCUUGAUAGAUUGAAGAACAAUCCAGACCGUAAAAUUAUGGACGUGCUCCAGAUUAGUUUUGAUGGAUUACAACAUGAGGAGAAGGAAAUAUUUCUGCACAUUGCUUGUUUUUUCAAAGGGGAGAGGGAAGAUUAUGUAAGGAGAAUUCUUGAUGCAUGUGGAUUGUAUCCUCACAUAGGAAUUCAAAGAGUUAUUGAGAAGUCCCUCAUUACCAUUAAAAACCAAGAGAUUCAUAUGCAUGAUAUGUUACAAGAACUGGGGAAGAAAAUUGUUCGGGACAGGUUUUUAGACGAUCCAGGAUUGUGGAGCAGAGUAUGGCGAUGCAAUGAUUUCUAUCACGUCUUGAAGACAAAAACGGGAACAAACAAUAAUGUUAAAGCCAUAGUUCUGGAUCAAAAGGAAAAUUUCCCCGAAUGCGUGGCCGAAGGAUUUUCAAAUCUGAGCAACCUUGCACUUCUCAUAUUGUAUCAUAACAACUUUUCAGGAAAUUUGGAUUUUCUUUCCAACAACUUGCGAUAUCUUUUGUGGCAUGGAUACCCUUUUACUUCUUUGCCGUCAAAUUUUGAGGCACGUUAUCUUGUGGAAUUGAAUAUGCCUGAUAGUAGCAUUCAACGGCUGUGGGACGGUCGCAAGGAACUACCUAAUUUGAAAAGGAUGGAUUUGAGCAACUCCAAGUAUCUUAUAGAGACUCCAAAGUUUUUUUGGACCCCAAAACUGGAGCGGCUAGAUUUUACAGGAUGCACAAACUUAAUACAGGUCCAUCCAUCAAUUGGACAUCUUACAGAACUUGUUUUCUUAAGUUUGCAAAACUGCAGCAGUUUGGUUGACCUUGAUUUUGGUAGUGUAUUAAGAUUAAGUUCUUUGAGAGUUCUACGCCUUUCUGGUUGCACAAAACUUGAAAAGACGCCUGAUUUUACUGGGGCAUCAAAUCUUGAGUACCUUGAUAUGGAUGAAUGUACAACUUUAUCCAAAGUUCAUGAAUCUACUGGUGAUUUGGCAAAGCUUAAAUUUUUGAGUUUGAGAAACUGCACAAAUCUGAUUGAAAUGCCCGAUAGGAUUAAGAGGAUGGCAUCCCUUGUAACUCUAGAUUUUUGCGGUUGCUCGAGUCUAACAAUUCUACCCCCGAAAUGGACUCAUACUGAUCAUAUGAGAUCUUUGACUUUUUUAGAUUUAAGUUUCUGCAAUCUUCAUGAACUACCCGAUAAUAUUGGAACGUUAAAGACAUUAGAAAGAGUAAAUCUACAAGGAAACAAAUUUCAUUCACUACCUGAUAGUUUCUAUGCUCUUGGUCGCCUAACAUAUCUAAACUUAUCUCAUUGCCACGAGUUUCAAAAUAAUAUUGGAUGCCUAGAGUCAUCAAGUUCCCCAGGAAGAUAUCCUUUAAUAACAGCGGGAUCUCGUAAUCCUAGGUCAGGAUUAUAUAUAUUUGACUGCCCCAAGAUCACGAGUUUUCCCGAAAACCAAAUCAUGGAAGCCAUAUAUUUACGAAUUCUGCGUAAGAAUCCCCUGGGUAGCUAUGACGUCGUUAUUCCUUGGGAUUGGAAAAACAUUGAUUUUUCGCCUAGUUGUAUUCCAGGAUGGUUCAGUCACCAAUUUGAUGGUGGUUCAAUAGUAAGGAUAGUAGAUUUUAAUAAGUUUGACGCGAAGUUUGGCUUUGCCUUCUGUGUGGCAUUUGAGGUAAACAAUCGUCCUGCAAAUUCUGGUUCUCCACCGGAUUCAUUUUCCUCAGCACUCCCACAUCCUUUUUAUCUUUCUUUUGAAAGUGAACACACAGAGGAACGUUUCGAUAUGCCGCUCAGUUUGGAUUUGAACAAAAUUGAUGGCUCCAAACAUCUUUGGCUAAUCUAUAUCUCUCAAGAGCACUGCCAUUUUUUAAAAACUGGAGCACAUAUCACAUUUAAAGCCUGUCAAGGUUUGUUCAUAAAGAAAUGGGGAGUGCGCGGGCUAUUGAAGAAUCAAGUGAGAGAUUUUCCCUCCCGCUUAUACUUAUCGGACACUGUUGAACCCCAACUUUUCUUAUAUCAUGUACAAGAAACCAGCAUUAAGUCUGGUCCUAAAAUCCAGCUUCCUUACAAUUGGUUGGUUACUGAAGAGGAAGAAGUUGAGAUUUCUCGAGCCAAGUCAAAAGAAACUGAUCUUUCUAAUCUGGGCCUUUAG